AUGAUGUAUCCUCGUAAAAUUCAUGAUGAUUUUUUAUUUGAUCCACGAUUAGAACAAUAUAUUUGUGUUGAAAUAUUUCCAUUCUGUGAUGAUUUCUAUUUCUAUGGAGAUGAUCAAUUAGUUGUACCAUUUCCAUUCAUUUCUGAUCAUCCGUUUAUUAAACCACCAAUGGUAGAAUAUCAUGAAGAAAUGAGUGAAAAAGAUGCUGAGCCUAGCAAGAAAGAGAAGUCCGAUUAUGUAUCAUAUGCUUAUAUUAAUCGUAUCAUACGACCUGGAUAUGAUUUAGAACGAAAUGAAGAGCAUGAUGUGCAACAUUUUCGUCAAAUUCGGCAUUGGUUACAUGGCGUUUUUGCACCAGGCAUAACAUAUAAGUAUCGCGUAGAACAAUUACCUGAUAAUGAUGAUUAA